CCUAUAUGACGUGUUUGAUGUGCGACGGACGUCGGAAGACAUGAGCGCUACUGCUGCUGUUGUCUUCUUAGCUACAUUAGCGUAUAUAAAUAUUGUUCUUUAAAUGAUUAGAAAGUCUUUUUUUAUUUAACACAUGCUAACACCAAGUUGCGGUGUGUUUGCGUGUUUAUUCAAACCGUCAAAGACAUCGACGAAGAAGGCGACAGCUGACUUUCAUUCAAUGAAGCGUUGGCAUCACAGUUAGCAUUUUUUGUUACAACGAUAAUAAUACCCAGCAUUCGACGCGGCUCAGCUCCCAAACGGAUAUAUAUUUAAAUACAUCGACCAUUAAACGGUGACGCGCUGGCGCAGGUUGCAGGGUGUCCGUGGAUAAUGCGAGACAGUGGCGGUAGCCUGACCCAGAACCGCUGGCAGGGAGAUCUGGGUCUGACUGCUGUGGGCCAGGACGACACCGGAGGAGGUGGCAUCCCAGGAGACCACCUCAUCGUCCCGGUUUCAGACCACAGCAUUCCCAGCCCGAUGCACCUCCGACUCGGCCAGAAGGAGAAGGCAUGGCAGGGCGAGUUUGUUGAGGAUGAGGAAGAGGAGGAAGAGGAAGAGGAUGGAGACGGGAUCAGCUGGAUCGAGGCCAUCGGUGACGAGGAAGACCACCCCAAAUUGAACGUGCGGGGCGCUGAAUUCAAGGGGGAUUGUUGGGAAGAGAAUGAGACAGAAGAAGAGUAUCAUGGAGAGCAGGUGGCCGUCGUGGAGAGGAACUUCCCAGACUUUUCCUCCCAAUCCGCCCAGUACCCAAAUGUUGCACCGUUGCAGACGACGAAUGAUGAUGACGCCGUUGCACACGAGGCAUUUUCCCAGGCUAGGGCGCUAGGACGCCAUUUUUUCCAGUCCCGCCAUGACAGCUUCCGCUCGCUGAAGCGCUCCCGCCGCCGUUUACGGCUCCAUGGCGGCAUUGGGUUCCGGCUCAGCCAGCACUGGAAGAGCUGGCGUCAGCGUGCCCAGUGGGCGUACUUCUUGGGGCUGCGAUGCAGCCUCAAACGAAAGUACAAUUAUUAUGGAAAACACAGGCGGGUAAAGCGCUACCGGACAUCUCCCGACACAGACGAUGAAGACAACCGUGAGGUUAACGCAAGGUUCACACAGCUGAAUAAAGACAAACGGAGUGGCAUCUCAUCCGACAGGCAAGGGGACAGAGGGAGACAGGAAAUCGAGGACAAACAAGUGGAGCCUGCGCUUUCCGAAGAACACAUGAGCUGUGUGACUGGUAUUCUUGAGGAGUCGCUGCAGAAAUACGGCAGUUUGAUCCCAAUCCACGUCGAAGACGUCGCAGAGAGGCUCCAGGACAUCUUCGGCGAUAACUUUUCCCAACCGCACAGGAAAGCAGUGGUCCAACACUUAAUACAGUCCUUCCAGCGUUCCUCCGGAUCCAGUCUGGCCAAAACAUUUAGAGUCAACUACAAACGGCACGUCCUGACCAUGGACGACCUUGGUACGCUGUACGGGCAGAACUGGCUCAACGACCAGAUUAUGAACAUGUAUGGCGACCUGGUCAUGGAUUCGGUUCCAGAGAAGGUUCACUUUUUCAACAGCUUUUUUUACGAUAAGCUAAGGACAAAAGGUUAUGAAGGAGUCAAGCGGUGGACGAAAAACGUGGAUAUCUUCCAGAAGGAUCUGCUGUUGAUCCCCAUCCACCUGGAAGUCCACUGGUCCCUGGUUAGCGUCGACAUUCCUCGCAAAGCCAUCACAUACUUUGACUCUCAGCGGACGCUCAAUAGACGCUGCCCAAAGCACAUUUUUAAGUACCUGCAAGCAGAAGCCAUCAAAAAAGACCAACAAGACUUUUUGACCGGGUGGAAAGGAUUUUUCAAAAUGAACGUGGGUCGUCAGAACAAUGACAGCGACUGUGGUGCGUUUGUGUUGCAGUACUGCAAGUGUCUGGCGCUGGGGCAGCCAUUCAAUUUUGGCCAGCAGGACAUGCCGCGCCUGCGGAGGCAAAUGUACAAAGAACUGUGUCACUGUAAGCUAACCCUGUGACCUCUUGCCUCCCACCAUUGAAGGAGGGAGGCAGGGCCAAGAUGAACAGCCAACAUCAGCUUCUUCUACUACUUGUUUGUGUCGUCCCCCACUCUGUAGUCAUCAACUCUCUUUACAAAAGGAAAAAAAAAGUCCUAAAAUGCCGUAACAUACUGUAUAUAAGCAUACAACACAAGAAUUUAAUGUUCCACUCUUUAACUCUGACAAUCGGCGACCACCCUCCCGGGAAAAAAAUUACCCCUUGUGGAGCUCCAGUGCCGCAGGUUGGAGCUCCCUUUAUAACAACAGUGAUUGAGGUCAUUUACUUUAUUUUCUUUGUCAGUAAAUAGGUCCCUACACUUUGCUAAAUGAGGAUAUUUGUAGGGGAGAACACACAAAUUUAAAAAUUGGCUUUUUUUUUUUUAUUGUGAUACUGAUUUCCAAAAUGUUUUAAAAAAAAAUAUUGGUUCAAGGCGCUUUUCUUUUUUUAUGGUUUUGUUUUUUUCUCUCCCCCAAAAGCGAGUUGGUGCAACUGUUUUAUAUAUCUUCUACAAUGCAUUCUGGUUACUCAAAAUUAAAAAUGUGGCCUACCA